AGAGAGAGAGAGAAGAUCCGUCGGGCGCGCGGAAAGGACGAGAGAAUUCUCUGUCGAUUUUCGCGAGGGACUGUAAAAAAAUUUGCGCAUCGCGGUCGAAGAGAUCGCCAUUCCCUUUCUCUCUCUUUCUCACCAACCUUUCAACGGGGCCGCGCGCGCGAUGCGGUCUACCAGAAGGAAGGAAGUGCACCUCGUCGAAACCGGAGCAAGAACGGUCUUUCGGACGACGAAAUAAAAUCUAUGCCACGUAGGUGGUGCCGGAGAACUGGCGAGAAGAAGCGAGAUAGCUCGACGACAACGACGGCGACGACGUAUGACCCAGAUAAAGUAAAGAAAACAAUCGCGAGCAAAAGCGACAAUAAUGACGACUUAGAGAUAAGUGCGGAACUCCGACAAUAAAUAUGUAAGACUGAUACCGCGCCUCCGAGGAAAGGAUAACACUGCCCAUGUAGGAAGGAGAUAGCGACGUAUCGAUUGCGCGUGAAAUAUCUUCCGUUGCUCUCGCGUGUACGAGACGCUCGUUUCCCCGAGAAACUCCGCGCCAGUUCGCGUCUUCCCGCGAAGACGGAGCUCAUCGUGGAUACCUCAUCUGGAAUAUUUUAAGUAUCAACUAAGUCAGCUAACGAAGAGGAGAAGGAUGAAAAUCGCAGUCCAACCGCCGAUCGCGACUCUAUGAAGAUCAUCGCGACGCCGCGACGCGCGAGUUCCUAGAGGAAAGCGGCUGACGAAAACAAGACGAGAAGAGAUGUCACUGAAUCACAGAUAUUACGUAACAACGAUACCGGACGAGGGCGAGGACAAUUUUAAAAUGCCCAGGGCUUCCGUGGUACACAUGACAUCGACGGCGACGAGGCCGCAUCACAUGUCACAAGUUUUGGCGACCCUGGCACUGUCUAUGGGAACUCUCUCCACCGGUUUGGCCAAGGGUUACACCUCGCCCGCGUUAGACUCCAUAUUGGAUAAUCAACCGCCUCAUCUUUAUCAAUCAUCCAACAACGACACGUGGUCCGCUUUUUCGGUUACGCAACAGGAGGCCUCGUGGGUCGCGUCGCUGUCCAUGCUGGGCGCGUGGUUCGGCGCCAUGAUCGGCGACUGGAUAAUGCGGAGAGGUCGUCGAUUGGCACUACGCGUGACAUCCUUACCCUUGGCGGCAGCCUGGGUCCUAACGGGCGUUGCACCAUGCGUGGAGUUGGUGUACGUCACGAGCUUCAUCGGCGGGCUUUGUUGCUCGGUCAUCACUAUGGUGGCUCAGGUGUACAUAUCGGAAAUUUCGAUGCCCGGCAUUCGCGGGUGUUUGUCGGCGAUGCUGAAGGUGCUGGGUCACGUUGGUGUCUUGCUGUCGUACAUAGCCGGCACAUAUCUGAAUUGGCGGCAAAGCGCGCUACUGGUGGCCGUCGCGCCGUCGAUGCUCUUUUUGGGGACCCUCUUUAUACCCGAGACACCGUCGUACCUCGUGCUGAACGGCAAAGAUGACGAGGCCGCCAACAGUUUGCAGUGGCUGCGCGGAGAACACGUCGAUAUAAGACACGAGCUGCAGGUCAUCAAAACGAAUAUUCUGGCUUCGAGAGCUAAGCAGUACGAGCUGACUUUCAAGAACAGCGUGUUUACACCAAGACUCUACAAGCCCAUCGCUAUCACGUGCGGUCUCAUGUUCUUCCAACGAUUCUCCGGCGCGAAUGCGUUUAAUUACUACGCGGUACUCAUCUUUCGUCAGACCCUAGGCGGAAUGAAUCCUCACGGAGCGACCAUAGCGAUUGGAUUUGUACAGCUAUUGGCCUCUUUACUGUCAGGAUUUUUGAUCGACAUAGUCGGUAGAUUACCGCUUUUGAUAGCCAGCACAGUUUUUAUGUCACUGGCGCUCGCCGGCUUCGGCAGCUACGCGUAUUACGUGUCACAAACGCAAAAUUUGGGCUACGUCGACUCGGCCGUGGUGGGCCAACACGACUGGAUACCGCUACUCUGCGUGCUCGUGUUCACGACCGCUCUCGCCCUGGGCAUAUCGCCAAUUUCUUGGCUAUUGAUUGGCGAACUAUUUCCGCUGGAGUACCGCGGCCUCGGCUCCAGCAUUAGCACGAGCUUCAGCUACUUCUGCGCAUUUUUCGGGAUCAAGCUCUUUAUGGAUUUUCAGCAGAGUCUCGGUCUACACGGAGCCUUUUGGUUUUACGCUGCCGUGGCGGUCUGCGGACUCUGCUUCGUUGUCUGUUGCGUGCCUGAGACGAAGGGCAAGCAGCUGGACGAGAUGAAUCCGGAUUAUGCGCAAGCACGGUAGUAUAAGGCCUCGCUGACGGGGGGUCUCUCGAACUUGGAGAAGGCGAACAAGCCUUUACCAGGAGGCGCUUAUCCGAACGAGCAUGAUCCGCGGGAUCUCUAUCGCAGCGAUCCGUCAAUCGCGACCUCCAACAUCACGAUGUUGUCUGCGCGUGCCGCUCAUCGCAAGUUCUCGAAUUACUGCGGCAUCUUUGCCGAGAAGAC